CCCGCCAGCUCGCGCAUUCAGUUCAGCCGAGUUCAGCUGCGGAAACGGAGUUCGGUCGGUGCGGCUGCUACACCUCGGCACGACGAAAAACGGCGACGUGUGUUUGUUUGCGGCGCGUGAAGCGUUUUCGUAAUUUUGAUUGCGCACGUUGCGACAAGUGGAGGAGCGAUUACGCAAUUUGGAUAUAUCUACGCACGGUAGACACGGGACGCCCCCGUUGGGAUUAAUUCGGCGACGAUUGUGAGUUUUGUGAGUGCCAGAGCACGCAGGACGAGGAAGAGGAAGGAAGGAAAGGAACCAGGCGAGCGUAAAUAAGAUUAAGUAAAAAUGUCACAUCACAGCGACGAUAACAUGCUGAUAGCGACGAGCGACUCCUUCUGGGAGCCAGGCAACUACAAGCGCACCACCAAGCGCAUCGAAGACGGCUAUAAGUUGUGCUCGGACCUUAUAGCACUCGUCACCGAGCGCGCCGAGAUCGAGAAGAACUACGCCAAGAACCUGAAGGCGUUCUCGAAGAAGUGGAACGACCUCAUCGAAAAGGGCCCCGAGUACGGCACCACCGAAGCGGCGUGGAAGGGUGUCCUCGUCGAGGCGGACCGCCGGUGCGAUGUGCACAAUCGCAUCCGCGACAACCUCAACAUCGAGGUGAUUGGCAAGAUCAAGACGUGGCAGAAGGAUAAUUGGCAUAAGAGUAUGAUGCAAGUUAAGGAGAGACGAGACAUGGAGGAGGCUUUCAAGAAGGCGCAGAAACCAUGGGUGAAGUUUCUGCAGAAGGUGGAGAAGGCGAAGACAGACUAUCACACGGCGUGCAAGACUGAGAAGUCCGCUUCUAAUCAGGAGCGGAAUGCAUCGGGCGAUAGCUCAAUUUCACAAGACCAGAUUAAGAAGAUGCAAGACCGCGUGCAGAAAUCGAAGGACGACGUGCAGAAAUGCAAGGAGAAGUACGAGCUAGCCCUGCAAGAGAUUAACGGAUACAAUCCGAAAUACAUGGAGGAUAUGCGGACUGUUUUUGAGACGUGUCAGGAAAAGGAAGGCCUGCGAUUGGAGUUCAUUAAGGAUACCCUCUAUCAUAUACACAAGCAUUUAAACAUUUACAAAGACUCUGCAUUGCCGUUAAUUUAUGAAGAAUUAUAUCACACAAUCCACAACGCUGAUUACAACAAAGACUUGAAAUGGUGGUCGAACAAUUACGGCGUCAAUAUGGCGAUGAAUUGGCCUUCGUUUGAGGAUUACACCGAGGAGUUCCGAGAUAUUUCCAAAGGUAAAUCAAAGGAAUCCGUUCCCACUGGCAUUAUGCUCAUCAAUCAGCGCCCGGUCGGCGAGGAACUGCAUGAUUUCUCCACGACAAAAUCAUCGGUGAAGUCUGUCAAGUCAUUGCCCUCGAAAACAAACAGCAACGAUAGUCAAAACGAUAAGGACGAUACUCCUGUGAAAUCACCGCCGAAAGUCGAGAGUCCGAAUCGUGCUUCCACCAUAACUAAUGGAUCAUCAGGAAACAAAGGCGAUGCUAAUCCUUUCGAGGAAGAGGAAUGGGACGAAAGCGAUGCUAUGGUUGACAAUGGCGAAGCUGGUGUGCCAGUGAAAGCGCUUUAUGACUACGAGGGUGCCGAAAAUGACGAAUUAACUUUUAAACAAGGUGACAUAUUUGAAAAACUAGAAGACGAAGACGAACAGGGCUGGUGCAAAGGACGAAAAGACGGCCGCGUGGGGCUGUACCCCGCCAACUACGUCGAGCCGAUCUCAUCUUGAGCGGACGGCGCGUGUUAAGUUUCUUAUUCUUCGUUGUUGUUACGUUACAUAUGCAUAUAUAAAUGAGUAUUUAUAUCAAUCAGUACCGAAAGAGAGCGAGCGAGAGAAGUACGCGAGCCGGCCGCGUAAUACGCUCACGAAUCGUGUUCGUUUGUUAUUGUUGAAGUGCGCUCCUCAUCCUCGUAAAUGUAAUGUAUGUACGAUAUAUGCGCAUACCAAACGAUAAAAACAACAUGUAAACAUGGUUUAAACAUAAAAGCAAAUGCAUUCAUCCAGCGCCACUCGCAUUUAUAUUUUCUAAUUUUGUUAAGUUUCGUUGUAUCAUUGUAUUCAUACGUUAGAAGCGCGGAAGUGUAGAUGAUUUAAGUUUAACGCGUUUAAUGAAUAAGUACGUACUGUGAUCAUUUUGUGUCAAAUGCGCGGGGUGAGCGAGAGCACGCAGCAUGCAGAUAUUAGACAAGAUGCGCGCGGACGCUUUUAUUUAUAUUUCUACGCCGUUGAUAGCAGAGGCGCGCGUACGACGAAUGACAAACGAUGCGACGUCGGUUAAUCAUUUCCAUUUACAUUACGAUUCCUGUACAAACAAAACAAAAGCGACUAACCUAUGGGAACAUGUUAUAUAUAUUAUUGCGUUAGAUGAAAGUUAGAAUGUGGUUAAUUCUUGUUUGUUUUCUUAUCCGUUUGCGAUUGAAUGGUUAAUCAUAUUAUUGUCACAUUUAGUAUUCGUGUAUGUAUGUAUUUAGGUAUUUAUUUACAUACUCUCUCCAUAGGGCCUACACAUCAUAAAAUGUAUUGUGUACAUAUAGUUUAAACGAAGCAAGCAACAGAAGUAACUGAGAUAUGUAACAAAAUGACUAAUGUAAACACAACAAAAUGUAAACUAUUCGGGAGGUGCACAGCGGCCAUCGAAACAGUAGGCUAUUUCAUAAUGAUAAGCAAGUGUUGCAAUAAACCGAUUUGGUAUGUUAGACGCGUUUCGAUGGUCGGGUGUUUUCCUGACAAGGACGCGUAACAUUAUUUUGGAUAAAUCUUCGAUUUUCGACUGAAAACACACAAAAUCGUAGACGGUGUAUUAAUAAGGACUAAGCUCAAUACUUGUAGGAAUGUAUUUUUCCGUCGGAUUGAAGGAUUUAUGCGAAUGCGUUCUUGAACGACCAGCGAUAAUAGGAAAGUGGGACACAAUAAUAUACACCUAUGUAAAUAUCAGUUAUUUAAACAUAUACAAACUAUUUCGAAUUGCUAGCCACAAACUGGUAACAAUAGUUAAUCAAUACGUUUCUGUUCCUUUAGUUAUCACAAUAUCAGUAUUAAAAAUACGAAAUUUUCAAACCCACAUGAUAUUUUGUGGCUACCAAUUCCGAAAGCAAAUCAAAAAAAUGUCAGUCUGAAUGUUGGUUCCACCUGAUGAAGAUUGAAAUUUAUUUAAAAUUUACCAUACACUUAUAUAUAUAUUAUACAUAAAUAAUAUCUAAUAUUUAUAGUUGUACAGAAUGCGGAUUAAUAUCUAUAUUUAGUUGAAUAGUC